AUGGAAAUAGUUGAAUCCGAGAUGGCUACGAAACCUGAAGGCGAUGACAAGCUGAAAGAGUUAAUGACUAUAACAAUCCCUAUUGUGAUUGCACCAGGCCAACAGUGCUAUUGUGGACAGUGUCGUGAUUAUUCGGUAGCUGAAUUUCAAUGCAGCCAUUGUUAUCACUGGUUCCAUCAACAAUGCAUUAACUUUGAUGUUGGUCCAGCUAUUCCCUUCAUGACUGCUUACCAUUUCAUGUGUAAAAAGUGUAAUAAUUCUCAAGAAGAGGUUUUCACAAAGAAACAAGCUAAUUAUGCUAGCAUGUGUCAGACUGUUAUUGCUAAUCUGAUGUGCGCCAGCAAUGGUCGGAGUUAUUUCUCACUUGAAAAAGAAGUCAUUCCUUUUCUCGAUCGAAAUUGGGACAUAUUUACCUCUCAACCUCGUCGCUCUGGUAGUUCGUGGCCGGGUGUUCUUCAUAAGGCUCUUGUUGGCAAUGAGCUAUUCAAUGUUGUUGAUGAAGGUGCUGAAAGUGUUGUCUGUCUCUCGUGCCAAGAACUGAGUACAAUUGGGCCCAGUUAUGAGCGAUUCCGUGCUCUAACCAGUCAACUUAAAACCAGUGUGAGCAAACGCAGCGCUCAUUCUAUUCAGGGGAGUGAUGUUUCUUUGCAGAGUGUCGGAGACGGUUCUUCACUGAUCACCGGCGACAAUCUAGAAAACAAUUUAGGCCUGGGAAAGUCCCUUCGUAAGGGCUCCAUCGCUGGGUCUGGAGGCCAGGUGGGUCAAUCUCAAGGUCGUGAAGGUGGCGGUGGUGGUGGUGGUGGGGGAAAUGUCCGUUCAACUCGUCGGGCUACUGCUGCGGCUGUUGCAGCUGGUGGUGGUGGUUCGGGAAUUUUCGGUGCGUCAGAGAAGGAUGAUGCUAAAACCAAGUUGACCCAAUUUGGUUUUCCCGUGGAUCAUCCACUGAACACAGAAAACUAUCGCUAUUCACUUGUGGAAGUGGAUCCCCAUGCCAAAUAUCGUAAACAGUGGGAAGAAAGCGAAUAUACAGCAGGCAAGCCAAUUCCAGGCUACUUUUAUCGAGUCGUUCUCUAUCCAAAAGUAGUUCUUUCCCUGCACGAUCGAGCCCAAAAAAUGAAACUUUCCGAGUCUCAGACUGUGGUGACAGGUGAAAAGGGCUACUCUAUGAUUCGUGCUACACACAGUGUGCAUACGGGAACCUGGUACUUUGAAGCAACUAUUACGGAACAGUCUGAAGGCGCAGCUACAAGAAUUGGAUGGUCGCAAAUCAUGGCUACCCUACAAGCCCCCUGUGGCUUUGACAAGUUCAGCUACUCUUGGCGAUCACGUAAAGGAACAGUGUUUCACAACUCUCGAGGCAAGCACUACGCUGAGGAAGGGUACACCAAAGGCGAUGUCAUCGGGUGUCUUAUACAUCUCCCCAAAGUCUCCUCAUCUGAUAUGAUACCCUCCUCCAAGUGUGUCUAUGGCAUUCCUACUGGCCCUGUUAAACACGGAAAGUCUGGGACAAAGGGUGAAUUCGUGAAGAUUAAACCAUUUUCCGAAGGCUCUCUGGCUAAUUACCUAACCGAUUCCUAUAAAGAUAGGCCAGUCAUCCGAUUCAAGCAUAUCUACUACUUUGAGGAUAUUCUGGGUGAUGCGAAGAAGGUGGAAAAACAGCUUAAACCACUGCCCCAGAGCUCGAUUACCUUCUAUCGAAAUGGCGAGUGCUUGGGAACGGCUUUCCGGGAUAUCUAUGCUGGUGUCUACUUCCCAACUAUCUCAAUCUACAAGUCAGCGUCAGUGGCGGUGAAUUUCGGUCCUGAUUUCAGGUUUCCCCCUCCGGAGUCGGAAAAUUGGUUACCAUUUCUCAAUUAA